AUGUCCUUCAAGAUCGCCGAGCUGCUGGUGUUCAAGGGAGCCUCCGUGAAGACUGCCAACCGAGCCAAGCGAACGGCCCUGCAUCUGGCAGCGGAGAAAGGCAACGACGAAAUUCUAACGCUCCUCGUUAGCAACUGCCCCGAGAGUGUCCACGCAAGGGAAGCCGAGCAGCAGACGCCUCUCCAUUUGGCGGCUCGCUGUGGCCACGUGACUUCCUGCCGGCUGUUGGUGGGCAACGGGGCAGACAAAGGGAAACAAAGACCUGCGCGGGUACACUGCUCUGCACUGGGCUGCCAAAAUGGGUUUUUUCAGAGUGUUGUAGUCAGCUGCUCAAGCUUGGAUCUGAGGGCUUCUCCUGCUAUACAGAAUAACAAGGGAGAGACGCCUUUCCACUGUGCGCAGUAUUCGCCCGGUGAAGUAAGGAAAUUAUUUGAAGCCCAUCCAGAUAUUGACCUGUUCAUUGCUGAUAACAAGGGCAAGACUGUUCUCCACUGUGCUGCAGAAAGAAAGAAAGCAGAAUGUUGA